AUGGGUUUUUCUUUAGUUAGAUCUAUUCGUCAAUGGUUGAUGGAGAUGGAGAGGGGAAUUGAUCCUGAUGCGUUGCUUGAUUAUGUCGAACUUCAGAUAUUUCCAAGCCAGAACAGGUAUGAGGCAUACGUAUGUAGUAGCAACAGGACACAAAAAGUAGCAUCCGGAACUUUGAAACAGUUACUACUGCAUUCACCUAGAGUAAAAGAUUUGUCCUCCAAAGGCUCAAACACAAAUUUCAAGAUUUUACCACCUGAUAACUCCAAUGAUGCUGACUGGUUUACAACAGCCACAUUGAAAAGAUUUCUACACAUCAUUGGUUCGCCAGACAUCCUUAGUAUUGGAAAUGAAAUCACUCAACUAGAGGAAACCAAAAAAUUCCAACUUUCAUUGUCUUUAAAGGCUGAAGUUGAUAUUACAUCAUCAAUCAAUUCAAAGAAUGAACUACUAAGAGCAGUUGAUUUAAGGCUCACAGCACUAAAAGACGAAUUAGCCCUUGCCUUUGACCAGGCUACUGGUGCCAGAUGCUCAACUAAGGACAUCUCUGACUUGGAAAAUUUUGCUCAUCAUUUUGGAGCCAAAGAUAUAAGGGAUUCAUUACAGAAGUUUGUAGAAAUCAACAUAUUCCCCUCACCUCAGGACUUGAUAAACAUCAAUUUCAAUAAGAAUGACAGAAAUGCCCUUGCUCCUCCCAUAAAAUACAACACCUCCCUAGCAAAAGCUGCAGAAAUUGAACGAAAAAGCUCAACAGAUGAUGGAAAUUCAUCUGUUUCAAGUGAAGAUAAACAAGCAUCUGCUGAAAGAAGUCGUGCCCCUACAAGAUCAUCUGCAACACCAAGAAGGUCAGCAUCUCCUAUGAGGCGAAUACAAAUCGGGCGGUCAGGUUCCCACCGGGCAGCUGCCCUAACUAUCAAGAGCCUCAACUAUUUUCCACCUCGUGAAAAAUUAGGGUUUCAAAGAGAUGCAGGUAGCAACAGUAGUGAAGAAGAAGAAGAAGAGGAAGAAGACCCAGUGAAACCCAAGAAGAACAAUGUAUUAAGAAUGAGUGUCCAAGAUAAAAUCAGUCUUUUUGAAAGCAAACAGAGGGACGAAAGUGUCAAUGUUCCCAAGAAAAAGACUUUAUUAAAUACAAAUACAAAGAAAGGUGUUUUGAGAAGAUGGAGUUCAGGAAUGGGUGAAAAUGCUACCCAACACCAACACCAACACCAAAACCAACAACACCACCUCCCUGAUAAUAUUAAUAUUAAUAUUAAUAAUACCGAAACUACCCCUGUCAGCACCAAAAAUGUAGCACCAGAAGCAGAGGUGUCUGUUGAGACUGCAGAAAACAUCACACAGGUGGAAACUUUAGAACCUGAAAGAGAAGGAAGCUGUGAAAAGCAUGUUGACUCCAUUGAAUGGAGUCAACAGAAGGAAGCGGAACUGAACCAGUUAUUCACAGAAGUGAUGGAGAAUAAACCGGUCAAACCUCGGAAGUUGAGUAAUGAUGUCAGCAAAAGUAAGAAAUCAGAGCAAAAAGGUGGUUUUUAUGAUCACUAUAAGCAAAAGAGAGAUGAAAAGCUUCAAAGGGAAACAGCUGGAAAAAGAGCUGAAAAAGAAGCUCAGUUGAAAGUAAUGCAACGGUUUCUUGAUGAGAAUAAUAAACUCCAGAAAACUCAAAAGAAUCCAAUUCCAUUGACAAACUCAAGAAAGGAAUCACCAAAACCUUCGGUUUUGAAAAAAGCCACACCAAAACCACCUUCUCCUUUACCUGCCACACGCAAAUCAUGGCCAUCACCACAGCCACCAAAAGCUAAAGAGGCAUCACCUUCUAGAACAACUUCUCGAAAACCUCAGUCCACGUCAUCAUCAGAUGUUCGUUCAAGUACAAAAAGUGAAAAGUCAAAGCCACGGUCAACCACUCCAAAGUCAACACCACCACCACCAGAUGUUGUUACAAACAGGAAUCUUAAAAAAACCAUCAACGAGAAGAAACAGAAGCAGCCAACAGUUACAAAAACCACAAAGUCAACGAAACCAACAAAAGUCAACAACACUCUUGAUACUGAAUCUAAACCUAGUUUUUACACCAAGGUUACAAAGAAAAACAGUGUGGUUCCAUUGGAAACAAAGCCUUUUCUUCGUAAGGGGUCUGGAAUGAAGACAAAAGUUGCGGAUCAACCUGAGGAAGCUUCUAGAAGAAGCUCUGAAAGUUUAGUAAUCCAAAGUGAGGAGAAUGAGGUUGGUAUGAUAACGGAUGUAACUGAAACCGUAGAAUUGGAACCACAGGUGGUUGAACUUAAAAGUGAGGAGGAAUUGGAAUUGGAAUUGGAAUUAGUGAGCCCCAAAAGGGUAGAAAUGUCGGAACAGGAAUUGGUGAUUUCUCCAACCGCAUGGGUGGAAGCGGAAGUGGAAGUGGAAGAAGAGAUAAUUUCAAGCCCGGUUCAGAGUGUGUCUCCGGUGAAAGCUGUUAAAGGAAGUGAUGGAAUUGGAAUCACAAGUCCAAGGAUUCGUCAUUCUUUAUCUCAGAUGAUGUUGGAGGAUAACAGUGAAGAAGGUGAUAAUGGAGAAUGGGGAAAUGCUGAGCAUCCUCCUGCUUUGGUUUACCACAAGGAUUCACCCAAAGGAUUCAAACGCCUCUUGAAUCCCACAAAAGGAAGGAGGUCAUUCUUCUCCCUUUCAACGUUUAGGGGAAGCAAGGGGUAUUGAUGUAAAAUAUACAACAUAUAGGUUAAUUAAGCUUUCUUCUUUACAUGCAUUUAUUGUGUUGUAGAAACGAUUGAUUAUGGGAUGUAUAUUGUGGUCAUAUUCCUUCAAGCAAGAAUCCUCCUUGCUAGAACGGGUAUGAUAGAGCUUCUUAUUAAUAUUUGUUGGUGGAUGUUUGAGAUUGCUUGUUUAAGGUGUUUAUUAGAUUAUUUAUAGUUUCAUAAUAAUAUUAAUAAACACGUUUAAAUGUUUGGAUGAAAUAA